CCAUUUACUACACAGCGUGUGUCACGGGUUUGGUCACAUGUCGUAAGUCAAUAUGAAAUCUAGCACAACUUCACUUAUCGGGAAAUGUGUGAUUUGGACAUUAUCAGUAUGCUUCCUUGUAACUGAUGGCGCGGACAUACGCUGUAAUGGUCCUCUAGGAUACGAUGUUAAACCUCUGACACAAGGGGUAUGGACUUUCAAAGCUGUCAACCAGAGCUGCCUAAGCGGACCCAAUAUCAAUGCUACUUGCAACAUAACAUUGGUUUUCUGCAGUAAAAUAUCCACAAAAUGCGGGGAAUCAUCGAGUGCGUGCGUGGAAGCAUUCAACUACACGGGCAAAAAUGACAGCAGAUCUAUUUCCAUUGGGAAUUACGCACAGGAACCGUUUUCUCUCACUGGUACUGUAGUAACUGCAACAUUUGGUAUGGUCCCUCUGAAAUACAAUGCCACCACAGAUUGUAACCUGACAACUGUCGUGGAAUUGAAUUGCAAUCGACAGGUGGAAUGGAAGUCAAAUUCCAAUGGGACGACUGCCAUUCCAAAAUCAGCCAACCUUGUGCCAAAAUUUGAGCGAAAACCAACGGGUGAAUGCCAGUACACCAUAAAGGCGGAUUUUGCUGGGGCAUGUAUCACCAUCGUUCCCUCACUUCCUGUCACAGAACUAAGUGCAGGCACCGUCCUCAUUAUCAUAUUCUUUGUCAGUAUUAGUAUCUACUGUAUAUUUGGCUGCACCUGUAACUUUGUGAGGGGAUACAAAGGUCAGGAAAUUGUCCCACACUUCCAAUUCUGGGUGGAUCUCCCCGUCCUUGUUGCUGAUGGAAUUUUGUUUACCUUCAGUUGUUGCAGACGUGAGCCAUCAGCCUAUGACAGUAUAUAGAUAGAGAGUAAAUGCUUUGACUGUGAGAUUAGACAAACAUUCCAGUCCUGCUGUAAAUGUGUAUGUCUUGGAGUUGCUGUAGUGUGGCAGUAUAACAUGUACGAGGAUAUUUGAAAUUCACAUAACACUCAUGGAUUGUGGACAAUAUUAAGUUGUCAUGAUCUUUUCAUCAGUUUAACUUAUUUUUGUGCUCAUCAUUUAAUAAGAUACAUUUUCUUUUGAGUAAUAUCUUUUUAAAAUUUUUAGAAACAGCUUGGACAAAAUACACCUAACUACAUAAAACAAUCCUACACUUCAUUAUAACUAACACAUUCAUUUAUUUCUUCUAUAUCCGAGUCCAUGUUAUUUCUGUUUAGGAUACUGCAUCUAGUACAUGUAUACAAGGAAAUUUUGACACUUGGAAACUACAUUUGUGGUGGGGAGAGAGAGAGAGAGAGAGAGAGAGAGAGAGAGAGAGAGAAUUAUGACAAACCAUUCUUUAAUAUGCAAGUGGCCGAUUCCUGUGUUCUGAGCUUGGAUCUGACAUUUUAUGCAUGUUUACAUUUCUAUCAUUAACUUAGUUGUGACAUUUCUAUCUGCUCUAUACUCUUGUAUUGAUAUAAAACACAUGGAUCAUCACUCAAACAGCACAGUUUUAUACUGAAUGUAUAUAUAAACAAUACUAGUUUACUUUUGGAUAAUGUUUUAUCUUAGAAAUAUUAUAACAAUGUGUUUUACAAUAAAUGAAAGUACUUAGGUA